UGGUUUCGUAAUUAUCUUCAAAUCCAUGUCCUUUUUCACUUCUCCACUACCUUAUAACCGCCUCGUUCAAACGCCACAGCUAACUACCUUCACCUUCUCUCUCCCCUCUCUUUCUGUACUUUCUUGCUCUACGUAUCUCGCCGGAAAAUGAAGCCGACCAUCGGGAACGGCGACAAGAUCCGGCACAUUGUGAGGAUCCAGAAAAUGCUUCGUCGAUGGCGGAGGAUGGCUGCGUGUUCGUCGUCGUGUGCGUCAGAUGUAGUCAUUAGGGUUCCGUCCGACGUCCCAGCCGGCCACGUCGCGAUCUGCGUGGGGAGCAGGUACAGAAGGUUCAUCGUGCGCGCGUCGUACCUGAACCACCCCGUCUUCAAGACGCUCCUCCUCCAAGCCGAGGAAGAGUACGGCUUCGCCAACCACGGUCCCCUGGCGAUUCCCUGCGAUGAGUCGGUGUUCGAGGAGGUCCUCCGAGUAGUGUCCAGGCGCGAAUCGAGCCUCUCGCCGCGAGUCACCAUGGUUGACGACUUCCAGAGAUCCUGCCACGUGGAGUCUCGGCCGUUGCUCCACCGUUUCGCGGAGAAUUCCAUAUGUUAAUCAACUAGUGAGUCGUCCCGAGUUGAGUGAACUCAGCUGACUGUUAUUUAUUUAUUAAUUUAUUAGUUAGCGAGUUAUUUCUUUCUAUUGUUUAACCUUGAGUCGCCCCGAGUCAGAGGAGGCGAGUUAGGCAUAGCACAAAAUUUUUGAUUUUUUUUUAUUAUUAUUAUUAAUUUAUGUAUGUCAUUUCAUCUUCCUAAUGAAUCGCAAUUAAUUAUUUUUAAUUAUAUAUUAACCUAGUAAUAAUGAAGCGAGCGGAAGUGAGAAGAAGAGUAAAAGACUAAAAGUUUCCAGUGUUAAUCAUUCUGUUGAGAUGAUGAUUGCAGUGAGUGGCACUCCGGCUCCCCGGCUCUCCGGCACUGCUACUCAUUGCUUGCAACCAAGCUCCGAUGUAAUGAUUUAUUUAAGUUUUGAAAUUGAAUCAGAAGUGCAAUUCAUGUUAGGGUUGGACCCCAUCUCCUUGUUUU